CAGACCAACUCCUCGUAUGUCAUCACAAAGCAAUUCAUAAGUUUCAUUCUUUGUGAAAAGAAAAAUAAAAUUUUCCACAAAUUCAAUAGUUUCAGCGAUAUGGAUUUCAGGAUCAUGGGUUUUGACUCUCCCGUCUUCACGACUCUGCAACACAUGAUGGACGUGGCUGAUCACGACUCGGACAAGUCGUCCAACGCUCCAACAAGGACCUACGUGAGGGACGCCAAGGCAAUGGCGGCGACGCCGGCUGACGUGAAGGAGUAUCCCAACUCGUACGUGUUCAUAGUGGACAUGCCGGGGUUGAAGUCAGGGGACAUCAAGGUGCAGGUGGAGGACGACAAUGUGCUGCUCAUAAGCGGAGAGAGGAAGCGGGAGGAAGAGAAAGAAGGGGUCAAGUAUGUGAGAAUGGAGCGGAGGGUCGGCAAGUUUAUGAGGAAAUUUGUGCUGCCUGAGAAUGCAAAUACUGAGGCCAUUUCUGCCGUUUGUCAGGAUGGAGUAUUGACUGUUACCGUGGAGAAGUUGCCGCCUCCCGAGCCGAAGAAACCGAAGACUAUUGAAGUUAAGAUUGCUUGAAGAGGUUGAAGUAGACGUGUUUUCAUGGCAAUGACAUAUAAUUUUGUAUUCUUGGGAUAGCUCACGUUUUCUUUGUUGGUGGUUUAUGUGUAGUAAAAUAUAAUCAGUGAUUUUGGAAUAAAUCUUUUUCUUUUUUUUAA